AUGUGUAUUAUUAUACGGUCGAGGACUGCAGACAGGCCCCACUGUCUUGAGCCUCCUCCAUACGCCACUAAGAAAGUGAUAAAAGACAACAAAAUUUGGAUCUGGGCAAAGCACGAGGAGAAAACGACAGAGCGGUUGACAAAAAGCAAAUUCUCAAAAGAGUACGAACUCGGAGAAAAAAUCGAAACACACACUCUUACUGGGACAUUGGCCCCUGACGGAAAGUUAAUGGUCGGUGCUUAUGCGAAAGGUCAUGGAGGCGAAAAUAUGGCUACAUCAAAAAGCGACGAUGACAGGCAGAGUACAGGCGGAGGCAGGAGAAGUGUCGACGGAUUGAAACAAACGCAAUCCUGUGUUGGAUUGGUUGGUUCUACAUAA